AAGCUAUGUCAGCUGAUCCGUCAGCUGUAGUGUUCACUUGAUCAUGAAUAACCCGUUUCUCCUGGCAUUAUACACACAUGUAGUUGUCGGAACCGAAGUGGUAUAUAAGUGUUGCAGCCAUUUUGUUCUCCAACAAUCAUCCAAAUGAAAUGGAAGGCAGACACAGAAAAGAAACAUCCAAGGAAGGCCACUAAAUAACUUGUAUCUCUAACAUAUGGAUUUGGAAAGAAGAGCAGGCAUACCAAUGUACCAUCAUAUCCAGGAGUAACAUGGGAAUUUGCUGCCUUUAUGGAUGACCCGGGGUGCCCUGUUCGAGAGGUUCAUGUACUUGUUCAGCAUGGGAGUUAUCCAGUUGUUACCAAAAAUAAUGCAACUCUGCAAGACUAUAUGUACACUCAGCGAUCAGCAGUGCACAAGAUCAGCACAAAGUCAGCAUUUCAACCCCAUGAUGCAACUGUCCUACCUGUUUAUAACCCAUUGCCAGGAAGCUGGUUUGCUGCUGCUUAUAUACCGGAUUGGAAUGAGCAGAUGCAACAAGAGGGCAUUAUACACAAGUGCCGUUACAGUCUGGGAUCUAUUGCAAUGUGGAGUCAGAAGGAUCACAUUCAAACUCUAAACAUAGGAAUAAAACAGUCAGUUAGAACUCAUGAAAACCUUUCAUAUUAUAGGUUCUAUGUUCCUUCUCACACCUGGUUUUUGCAAGUCAAUGUCUCUAACUGCCAUAUACUUGAACAAAUUAUUAACCAGGAUACAGGAGAGCGGCUUUUUAGAUGGUGCAUUCGAUCCCUUGCCUUUAAUGCCAGGUCUCUUCCAGCAUAUAACCCAGAUGUUGGGGUAGCCAAUAUAACACAAGGAGACAGUCAUGUUUUUACUGAAUUGAGGCCAUAUUCUGAUGGCUAUUAUUAUCUCUUGGUUGUAACUGAAGGAGAGACUGGCAUAGAUAUUACUGUUCGCACAAAAGAAUGUGGUAGUGCCUUCAAAAAGCUUUGGCCUCAUAUCCGAGAUGUAAAAGCAUCUGAAUAUACUGAAGUAUCUUCUAAACAAGAGAUGGAGUUUGUUGGGACGGCCACACCUAUAAAUAUUACUGUAUCGGUUUCAACUAGUGAAGAUUAUGGUAACUCCCAGCAUGAAUCAUCAAAGAUGUUGGACUGGGAAGAAAUGUGGCCUAAUAUAACAAAUGAAUCUCCACUUGUUUUGUCUCACUUACCUGAUGAGUCUCCUCCUAUACUGGAUGCUGACUUUGCUGCCGUGGGUCAUCAGUGUUACCCUGUGUUGCCUCUGGCUCGCAUCAAGCAUGCCAGUGAUUUUACUGACACCUUUUUAAUACAGGGGCCAGAUUGGUACAGUACAUGGUUGUCAGUACAGAGAGACUUGCCGGUCUUCACGUAUCUUACACUCCUGCCCUUUACAGACAUUGGUGGAACUUUGAGUGUAAACAUACUCUUGGACGAGUUACUGAUGAAUGCGACCCAUCAGCUUAUAACAGUCACAGGUUGUGUGAGAAAAGGUCGCCCUCCAGAUGUUAAAAAUGAUACACUCAUUUGUGGGGAGCCACAGCUCACCCUCAACGUCACCUCCUCCUCUAGAGCUACUGUAGAAGAUUUCAUACUCAUUCCAUUCCCAGAACCUGAUGUGUGGUUCUUGGCUCUCCAGACAAUUUGCUAUCACAAAGGGCAGAAGACUCCCUGUAUUAGAGAUCAAGUCCUGGUUAGUAUUGACAUCCGGACUCAGCCUUGUGUCUUUGCUGGUGAAAGUCCAUGUGGCAACAAUGGUUUAUGUCAAGAGACCCACCGUGGAAUGUUCUUCUUUACCAGCUGUGUUUGCACAGCAGGUUGGCGAGGAUGGGGCUGUGAAGAUGGUGGAUCUGCACAGGGCUGGACCUCUGUGCUGACUGGCUUAUGUCUCCUUACACUUAGCAAUAUUUUUUUUCUGCCCCCCAUUAUUAUUGCUGCACGUAGGCACUUAUACUCCCAGGCCCUGUUGUUUACAGCUACCAUGAUUGCUUCUAUAUUCUACCAUGCUUGUGAUAAUGAAGUUGUGUCAUACUGUGUGACUAAAUAUGAGGUGUUGCAGUUCACAGACUUCUUUUUUUCACUACUUUGUUUCUGGGUGACAGUUGUUGGCCUUGGGGGCAUGGACGAAGCCUUUUGUCCGCUGUUUCAUACUCUUGGGGUUAUUAUUAUUGCUCCAGCCGUCCAAUACAGCCGAACAGCCCUCGCAUCAUUUACUGUACCCAUGGCUGUUGCAACUGCUGUACCUCUUUGCCACAUUGUGUACCAGCGGUGGCACAAGGGUGCCUGGCCUUCCGUUCAGCCAAGGCAGUUCUUGUACCGUGGUAUUGGUAUAAGUCUUGCUCUUAUAGGCCUUAUAAUGUUUGCCCUCAUACAAACCAAGGAUAACUAUAAAUAUGUACACAGCACCUGGCAUGUUGUCAUCGCGCUCUCUCUUGUCUUCCUGCUUCCGUCCCGCAGUCCAUCUGUCCUGGCUCACAAAGCAAAUGGCCAAGUGACUGGGCACUCUGCUUCUUUAGCCAGUGAUGACGCAGAGUUAAUUGAUGUUGGGGAAACAAUAGUAGAUUAUACAGCAUCAUCUCCUGUCUUCCAUGUUACCUCAGAUGUUGACUUCCUGUUAACUGAUAAUGAAGAGGAUUAUCACAGCUUAGAUAGGGAAGAUGAAUAACUUUAAAGGUAUUUUGUUUGGUUUAUACCAAAAACAUUUUUUUUCUAAAAGACAUGAGUAUGUCUGCAGUAAAUAGUUUAAUUCAUUGGUGACAAAAUGAUUAAACAAGGGCUUCGUACUUUUGAAUGGUCCCAAAGAGUGUGCUACAAGAUUCUGUAAAUAUGUAAAGACUUGUUUAUAUUUGAUUAAAAGUAGAAGGAUGAUGAUGAAUGUGUGUUUAGACAUUUAGUUAAAAGUAAGAUUAUUUAUAACUGUUCACGCCUUAUUCAUUUUGUCAUCACAUCAAGAAGUAGACAUACAUUACUUAUAUUUUAUGUGUAUGGAUGAAAUAGUAGUGAUACUUAAUAUAUCUUCUGGUUUAUAUAGAAAUAUGUAUUUUGAUGGUGGUAUAUGUAACAGUCAUCUCUUAUUUCACAGUAUAGGAUUGAUUAUUAUCAUUGAUUAAACUGAAUAUGUAUGUAAGUACAGUCCCCCAAAAAAGUAUCGUUAGCCUUGGGGGUCAAUGUGAUUCAAGUCUUUCUGAACAAUGUUACUCGACCUGUUUCUGAAAGGUUGGUAGUUCUACAUCCGCGACCUUUGAUCAUGAUUGAGUAUACAGGCACUCCUCGACUUGCAACCUACUCGACUUACGACCACCCGGACAUACGACCGCCGCAGUCGUAUAAAAUAUUUUUCAAAUUACAUAUUUUCGAGUCCCGACAUUAGUGAUCGCGCUGUGUCCUGACAAAA